AGUAAAAAGAAAGUCCUCCAAUUUAUAUCUGUUACCAAUACCUAUUCUCCAGCGAACACUGCACCACCGCCGCCGCCCGCAGCAGGGAAGCCCUAAUUUGUGAGCAAGAACGGAGGAGAGAGGAGUGAAAAAGCUCACUGAAUUGCAAGGUUUUCUCCAUUAAUGGCGAAGUCUAAAUCCAAAACUCCAAAGCCGACGGAUGAUGAGGACCUCUUGAAGUCUGAUGUUGCCAACUUCGCAUCUUCACUCGGCCUCGCUUCUUCAUUGCCUAGCUCUGGCUUUGACGAUUCCGAUUUCCGGAAAACUGGACCUCUGAAACCUAAUAAACAACCAUCAGAAAAGAAGCAAGCAAAACAGCAACCUGCUAGCAAGGCACCCGAGAAGAAGGAGAAGACCGAACCGAAUUCAACUGGAGUUUCCAGAGUAUUUCCUGUCGAUGAUUCGAAGAGUUUCGAUAGAUUUAAGAAUCUCCCUAAGUUGCCACUGGCGAAGGCGAAUACAUUGGGAGUGUGGUAUGUUGACGCUGCGGAAUUGGAAGAGAAAGUGCUUGGAAACGAUGUGAAGAAUAAGAAAGCAGAGUUUAAAAACGUUCAAGAAUGGAAGGGAGUGGUUGCGAAGAAGAAGGAACUUGCAGAGAGGCUGUUGGCUCAGUAUGGAGCUGACUUCCAAUCCUCGACUGCAAAGAGUGGAGACAUAAAGAUGCUUCUUAAAACGCAGAGAUCUGGGACAGCUUCGGAUAAGGUGUCUGCAUUUUCUGUUUUGGUUGGAGAGAAUCCUAUUGCCAAUAUAAGAUCACUUGAUGCUCUCAUAGGUAUGGUGACAUCGAAAGUUGGGAAGCGACAUGCUUUGACUGGAUUUGAAGCAUUGAAAGAACUCUUUACAUCAAGUUUAUUGCCUGAUCGUAAAUUGAAGACGCUUUUCCAGCGACCUCUAUACAAUGUUUCAGACACCAAAGAUGGGAAUUCUCUGCUGCUUUUCUGGUACUGGGAGGAAUGUUUAAAGGAGAGAUAUGAACGUUUUGUUAUUUCUAUUGAAGAAGCCUCGAGAGAUUUGUUGCCAAUAUUAAAAGACAAGGCUUUGAAGACUAUGUUUGUCUUGUUGAGCACUAAACCAGAGCAAGAACGCCGAUUGCUGUCUGCCCUUGUUAACAAGCUAGGGGAUCCAGAAAAUAAGGCGGCCUCUAAUGCUGAUUAUCACUUGUCAAAGCUUUUGACAGACCAUCCAAAUAUGAAGGCUGUAGUGGUUGACGAGGUUGAAACUUUCAUGUUCCGUCCACAUUUGGGACUGCAAGCAAAGUAUCAUACUGUAAAUUUCCUGAGCCAAAUUCGUCUGAGUCACAGAGGAGACGGACCUAAAGUGGCAAAGCGUUUGAUUGACGUGUAUUUUGCACUGUUUAAGGUGCUUAUUUCUGAUGCCAAUGGAAAAGAGACAACACAGAAAAACAAACAGCAUCAUAAAAAGGCCACCAAUUUAGCCAAAGACAAUCAUGAUGGGUCAACAGAAUCUCACAUUGAGAUGGACUCACGUCUGUUAUCUGCUCUCCUUACAGGGGUAAAUAGAGCAUUUCCUUUUGUUUCAAGUGAUGAAGCUGAUGACAUUGUUGAAUUGCAAACACCAAUGCUAUUUCAGCUGGUUCACUCGAAGAAUUUUAAUGUAGGAGUUCAAGCUCUAAUGCUUCUUGAUAAGAUCUCGUCUAAAAAUCAGAUUGUUAGUGAUCGUUUUUACCGUGCUUUAUACGCAAAACUUUUGCUUCCAUCAACCAUGAAUUCCUCCAAGGCUGAGAUGUUUAUUGGCCUGCUCUUGAGGUCUAUGAAAAAUGAUAUCAAUUUAAAGCGUGUAUCAGCUUUCUCUAAGCGAUUAUUGCAGGUUGCUCUUCAGCAGCCACCUCAGUAUGCAUGUGGAUGUCUGUUUCUUCUUUCAGAAGUCCUUAAAGCCAGGCCAUCUUUAUGGCAGAUGCUACAACAAAGUGAAUCCGUUGAUGAUGACACCGAGCAUUUUGUGGAUUUUGACGAUGAAAAUGAAAAGCAGCAAGUAGAUGAUAAAUCUACUAAGGAAGUGGUCCAAGUGGAUAACGUCAUCACUCAGGUUCUUCGUGUUCCUGAAAACGAUGAUAGUGAUUCUGAUGACGAUGAUGACGACGACGACGACGAUGAAGAUGUUGUGGGUUCUGAAUCCGAUAGCGAUGAUGCAUCAGACGAUGACGAUGAUUUUGUGGUCGGAGAUAGUUUGAAAGAUAAGAAAGAGAAACCGAUGUCUGUUUCCAACCUUAAUAUAGAGCAGCCGACACUAGCAGUGAAAUCGACUCUACCCGGAGGGUAUGAUCCCAAGCACCGGGAGCCUUCAUAUAGCAAUGCUGACCAUGUAAGCUGGUGGGAGCUGACGGUUCUAGCAUCACACGUCCAUCCAUCGGUUUCAACCAUGGCUCGAACUCUUAUAUCGGGGGCAAACAUCGUUUAUAACGGAAAUCCAUUAAACGACCUUUCUCUCCCAUCUUUCCUAGACAAACUAAUGGAGAAGAAAGCGAAGAGAAAUGCAUGGCACGGCGGAUCUGAAAUCGAACCAGCCAAGAAGCUUGACAUGAGCCACCAGUUAAUCGGAUCAGAAAUUCUGUCGUUGGGCGACGAAGAUAUUCCUCCAGAAGAUCUCGUCUUCCACAAAUUCUACAUGAACAAGAUGAAGAGCUCGAAGAAACCGAAAAAGAAGAAAAAGAAAUCAGCUGAUGAAGACGAUGAUGGCGAUUUGUUAGGAGGAGAUGUGAGUGGGGACGAAGAAAUCGAAGAUAUGCUGGACGGUCGCGAACCUGGUUCGGAAGAAGCAGCGGAAUAUGAUUAUAGCGAUUUGGAUGAGGUGGCGGAUGAGGAAGAUGAAUUGAUUGGAGACGGAAGCGACGAUGAUGUUGAUAUGGAUAUUCCUUCGGAUAUGGGCGAGGAUAAUGACGACGAAUCAUCGAAAAUGGAUGAAGAAGUGGAGAUUGGGGAUGAAGAUGAGAAUGGUGAUGGGAAGAAAAGGAAACAGAAAAUUAAGGGGAAAUCUCCUUUUGCUAGUAUUGAAGAUUAUGAACAUCUGUUGGAUGAAGAUGUUGAAGAUGAAGGUAUUGAAAAAAAGAAAUUCAAGUCUAGGAAGAAGAGUAAGAAAUCUCAUUAAGAUUAUUAUUAGUAUUGUUUUCAAACAAUUUUGUCUGUUUUUAACUUGUUUUAUCUUGCCUGUGAUUUGGGUUUUUUUUGACAUAGAAAAGGAUUUUUGUAUUUUAUUUUGAGGAAUUAAGUUCUUUUUAUUCUUGUUCAUUUUGCAUGAGAAUUGAGAUGUUAUCUUGAAAAUGGAAUUAAGUAAGAAUUUACUUCUUUAAAUUUUUGUU